AUGGAAAGUGAAAAAGUGCAGGUGCAAGUGCAAGUGCAAGUGUCAAUAGGAACUAAAGAAAAAAAUAUUUUACUGCUGCCGGUGGGCGCUGCGCCUAGUCCCUCUUUGUCCAAUUCAAAUUUAAACUUUCCUGCCGUUUGGCCUCCCAGUCUUCAACACAUCGAUAUUUGGAAUGCAGCCGAGCUGCCGACCAAUGCGGGUGCGCAAAUGUUCACCGCGGAAUCGGAAAUGCUGCUACUCCACGCCGACACGGCCUUCCAAUAUAGCGGCACACACCUUGACGCGCCUUUGUUAAACGUAACGGACAAUGGCCCUAGUGAUGUUGAGGCUGAUGCGACAUUUGAAGCAGCUGCCGAGGGCAACCGUACACAGCAAACGCUGCACAGACUAGGAGGCAAGCACCGGCAGGGCGCUGCGUGGAAUAAAAUUGAAAAACAUUUGGGAAACAACACAGUACUCGACGUGCCGAGCAGUCGGCAAAAUCGCGUUAUCCAUCUGUUUCCUGUGCCGGUCGAUGGCGAAUGUCUCUCGGAUGAUGGUCGACGCAUCGGGAGUUGCUUCAAUGCCUACGAGUGUCGCGCCAAAGGUGGCACCGCAAAGGGCGAGUGUGCCAUGGGAUUCGGUGUAUGUUGCAUAUUCAUCGCCAGCUGCAACACCACUAUCAGCAACAACAUUACCUACUUGGUGUCACCACAAUUCCCCAGUUUCAUGCCGAGCAAUUUCAGCACGCCAUGCAACUUCAAAAUCGAACUGAUGAACAACGAAGUCAGUCAGCUGCGCAUAGAUUUCUACCAUUUCUCCAUGGGGCAACCGAAUCGACGCACUGGCGUCUGCGAUGGGGAUGUGUUCGCGGUGAACGGUGGCCCGAGUGGCGAACUGACGUUGUGCGGACAAAACAGUGGACAGCACAUUUAUUAUGAAGUCGGUGGUGCUGCUGCCCCGCGUCAAACACUCUACGGUAAUUUGCGGCCACUCACUUUCAGCCAGCUCUAUCCGAAUAGCAGCAGCAACUCGAUGCCGGCCAUUGAGAUCAGCAUGAAUUUCUCGCAGCGCUUUCAGCCCAUACGCCUCUGGGAGAUACGCCUCGCGCAGAUCCCCUUCAGCCAACGCGCGCCUGUUGGCUGCUUGCAGUACCACACUGGCACAGAGGGCAUCAUACAGACUUUCAAUUUCGCCGAGAAUGGAAGACACUUGGCCAACCAGAAUUACCGUAUCUGUAUGCGUCAGGAGCAGGCGAUGUGCUCCAUUAUGUAUCAGCCGUGCGACGAACAAUCGUUUCGAAUUGGACCAAGCAGCGCCGGCGAUCCGGGAAUGCUAAAUAUGGGCGUGCCUGCUUUGAUGAUGGAUCCGAUGUUAGCUGGAGUGAUGAGCGGCAUGAUAGGUGGUGCGAACGGAGGUGGCGGCGGUGGAGGAGCUGCUGGCUCUGUCGACAAUUCAGCGAUGGACGCCAUGCCCACAAUGCAAGCGCCUACGCUCGCUGACGAUCCCAAUAUGUUGCAAACGAUGGAUGCUGCAACCACCAUGGCUGCGAUGAUGCCGAGCGCAGCAGCGCCGGAUGCAACGAUGGCUAGCGCUCCCACCCCAAUGGAUAGCAGUACAUCAGCGGCGUCAGCAGCGGAUAGUAGCGCGGCUACUGUGAGUGGAAGCAGUACUGCGGCGACGGAUGUGUCGACGGCCGCUCCAGCCGCUUCUGACGCACCCGCUGCGUCUUCGGAAGCACCGGCGCCCGCUACCAGCAGCAGCGCAACCACUUUGAACACGCGUAGAAGCACCACAUCCACCACGGCCGCCACCCCCUCGUCGUCAACGCUCAGCGAUGAAAUCGCAGACGAAGGCUCCGGAGACAGCGAUUGGACCGGCAGCGCGCCAACGCGUCGCCCAGGGCCAGUACGCGGUGGCUUCGAUCUGCUCGGAUUUCUACGAAGCGCUUUCGAUUUUAACCCCUUACGACGCAGUGGUCGGCAAGUGCUGGUGAGUAGUCAACAAAAUAACAGAGCUCCUUUGAAGGCGCGUCAGCUGUACUCGCGCUGCACAGAUCGCCUCACCAUGCCGUGCAUAGUGGAGGACUUUAUAGGCAUGGGUCCGCUGGGUUCGCCGACGCUGCCUGGCUGUGAGCCUGUGCACUGCGGCUCGCAGUUUUGCUCGAGCGGCGCGUGGCCGUGCCGCAUCGAAUCCACCGUGACGCCAUUCUAUGUUGGCGUGCAUUUCGGCAGUGGCGCAGGCAAGGGCAGCGCAGAAGACAACAUUGGCGCAUGUCUGCGAUACCAACAGGUGGAGUGCAUGUGAGGCAAAAGAAAGCGGAGAGCGGCAAUGGAG